GUUGUCUCAGGUCUGCAGUCAACCUCUCCAAAAUGACACUCCUGUGGUUCUGUUUGGGGCUGCUGUCUCUGUCCUCUGCAUUCACAAUUAGGCGAGUGUCAAAAGAGAAAUCCUUUGCUAUUGACGCUGAUGAAGUGAUAAGAAGAGACAUCCCCUUUGUCAACUCAGCAUCAUUCCCAUUCAAGACCCCUGUUGUUGAUGGCGACAUUGCAUUGCCUCCUGGACGCAAUGCCCUUGUGGAUAAAGCCUUCCGAUGGAAAUUCCCCAUCCCAUACAUACUAGCUGACAGCCUUGAUCUGAAUGCCAAGGGGGUAAUUUUCCAGGCAUUUGAGAUGUAUCGGCUGAAGUCCUGUGUGGAUUUCAAACCCUACGAAGGAGAGAAGAGCUACAUCAAGUUUGAAAAACUAGAUGGGUGCUGGUCAAUGGUCGGAGACUUACAGACAGGGCAGCAGCUGUCGUUGGGCCCAUCCUGUGACUAUAAAGGCACCAUAAUGCAUGAGCUCCUUCACGCCCUAGGCUUCUACCAUGAGCAGUCUCGAACUGACAGGGACGACUAUGUCAACAUCUGGUGGGACCAGGUCCUCCCAGGUUUUGACCACAGUUUUUACAAAUAUGCUGAUGAUUUCAUCACGGACCAGAACACACCGUACGACUACGAGUCCAUUUUGCAUUACGGACCGUAUUCCUUUAACAAAGACCCACGGUACCCCACCAUCACCGCCAAGGACCCAGAGAUGACCAAAUUGCUGGGCCAGUAUAAUGACUUCAGCAGCCUGGAUCUACUGAGGCUCAACAGGAUGUAUAACUGCUCCUCCUCUCUGACAUUGUUGGAUCAAUGUGCCUUUGAGGCUGUCAACACCUGUGGCAUGAUCCAGAACCAGAAUGAUGAUGGUGACUGGGUACGAACCAAGAGCGAGCCAGGGUCAAAUGACCACACUCUCAUUGGCCAGUGCAAAGAUGCAGGGUUCUUCAUGAACUUUUACACCAACACCGGCCAGGUGGGGGAGUCAGCAUUUUUGGAAUCCAGAGUGCUGCAGCCCAAGAGGAAACUGCAAUGUCUGCAGUUCUUCUACAAGAUGACAGGAAGUCCUAAAGACAGACUGGUGGUCUGGACCAGGAAGCAGGGUGUUAAAGGCAAUGUUUUAUCCCCUACUGCAGUGGGGAACUUCACAGGUGAUGACGACCACUCAUGGAAGAUCGCUCAUGUUCCUUUCACAAUGGAUGGCAAGUUCCGCUAUGCCUUCCAGGGGAUCAGGGGUGACCCGGCUAACUCUCUGGGAGGGAUCCAGGUUGAUGACAUUACCCUAGUGGAGACACGCUGCCCCAGCGGAUUGUGGCGGAUCAAGAACUUCAGGCAGUACAUGAGUAGCUACACCCCGGGGGAGUACAUCCAAAGCCCACGGUUCUACAGCCCUGAGGGCUACGCCUUCGGCAUCCAGCUGCUGCCCAAUUCCUACUACGAUGGCUACAUUGGGGCCUUCUUCCACCUGACCACGGGCAAAAACGACCAGGUCCUGAAUUGGCCGGCAGGGAACAGACAGGUCACCAUCACACUGAUGGAUCAGGACUCUGACGUCCGACAGAGGCAGUCCUUCUCCCAAAGUUUCACUACCAGUCCCACGCAUCUUAUCCCAGGCUCCAACAUACUGUACUGGGAUAAUCCAUCCAAAAUGGGUACGUACGAUCCAUCCUGUGACUGUUAUCGUGGCUGGACCUGGGGCUGGAAAGCCUUCUUCUCCCACUAUGACCUUAAUAGGAGGAGCUACCUAAAGAAUGAUGACCUAAUUCUCCUUGUUGAGUUUGAAGAUCUUACUCCACUGAUUAACAGUGAAGUUCCAAUCAAGCCUCAACAUCAGGACACUCAACAGUGAAAACACUGAUCAAUUGCAUUUUUAAAUACCAGUGUUCACUUUUAUUUUCAUUUUCAGCAUUUACAUAGUGGCACUGAAAUUGAAUUACAAAUACAUUUGUAUUGCAUUUCAAAUAAAGGUGCAUUUAUCAGUUGCAAUGGUU